AAUUAGCCCAGCCGAGAGCGGGUCAGUGAAAGAGCCUACCCCAGCUUUAACCCCCACGCCACCCGGCCAUAUGGCAGCCAAUUUACCCCCACCCCCUCCCCCACCUGCCCCGUGGGGGGGGUCUGAGAGGUGUUUACACAAACUAGCAUCUAAACCCACGAAUAACCACAGGACAGGGAUCUACCUUCCUGGUGACGACAGGAACUCCCUUUGGGUUCUUCUUCCUCCCCACCUGUUCUGUCACUUUUCUCCCACCUGAGGACCAGAAACCCCGCCCCCCCUCCCCCCCACCCCCAGACGCUGUUUCCUCUGAGCUGCAGGUGUCUGAGACGGUUACAUCACACACGUUAGGAACCAGCUGAAGUCUGGGACUUUCCAGGUGAUCUGACCUGCAGCUCCGAAUCAGGUGUCUGAGAAGAAAGCACCGCUCACCUGACAGGUGUGCUUCCUGUCAGCGGGGGCAAGCUGGCCUACAUCUGCAGGAGUGAGACAAGCAGCUUCCUGUCAGGACACGAGCAGCACUUUCCAGGCAGCGGUGUGUGUGUGUGUGUGUGUGUGUGUGUGUGUGUGUGUGUGUGUGUGUGUGUGUGUGUGUGUGCGUGCGUGCGUGCGUGCGUGCGUGCGUGUGUGUGUGUGUGUGUGUGUGUGUGAUGUAGGUCAAGGCGAUACAGUGGCAGCAGAUUGCUCAUUAAGUGCCAAACCAAGCAAAAGUCUCUGAGUGUGUUUUUCACUGGCAACAGGCCGACCAUCUGCUUGCCUUUCUUCAUUCAUUAAGACGUCUUCUUUGUGUGUGUGUGUGUGUGUGUGUGUGUGUGUGUGUGUGUGUGUGUGUGUGUGUGUGUGUGUGUGUCAGCAUUCAUCACAACAGACACUUGUUAGCCGUGGCACGUCAUUCAUGUUGUUGUCCAAAAGCAGCUCUAGUGUGUCAGAUGGUGCGGUCACAUGACCCUGCUGGCUGCUGAUUGGCCGGUUCGUGCAGCUAAAAACGCUUAGCGCCGUUCUGGUGCAUUAGUGUGUGGCAAGGCUGACUGAGUGACCACAGCGAGAGCGCGUACCUGGAGAAGAGGACCCACCAGACAGGAGACGCCAGGUGAAGACAUGAGGGUGCAGCGGCUGCAUGAACGUGUGAAGAUCUCCAGCAUGAACCGGAGCACCUAGAAGGACCUCACCAAAGUAACUCCAAACCAAAGCAGCAGAGCCAGACUUACAGCUCCAUCUUCAUCACAGUCUAUCCAACAUGAAGCUGGAGAGCACACCAGGAGACAUGAGCACUUGGAGGGAGGUGGACUUUGCUCUCAGCUGCACUUACAUCGUUCCAGAUCAGCUGUCGGACCCGAGCUUCAGCCUGCCCAAAGCCAUGACCUCCAUCCCACGCAACCUCACCUUCGACUACGGUGCCGACAACGAGGUGACAGGUGUGUUCAGCAAGGAGUACAUCCCUCAGGGAACCCGCUUCGGACCCCUGCUAGGGGACACCUACACCAAAGACAACGUACCCAAAGAGGCCAACAGAAAAUACUUCUGGAGGAUUUACAGCGGUGGACAGCUUCAACACUUCAUUGACGGCUACGACGUCCACAAGAGCAACUGGAUGCGUUACGUCAACCCGGCCCGCUCUCUGGCCGAGCAGAACCUGGUGGCGUGCCAGAACGGUCGGGACGUCUACUUCUACACCAUCCGGCCCGUUGAGCCCAAACAGGAGCUGCUGGUGUGGUACAGCCGGGAGUUCGCCCAGAGGCUCUGCGGCCAGCCGGACGACCUCCGUCUGAAGCGGAGCGAUGAAGAGUACCCCAGACAGAGUCUACCUCACCACGCCUGCUUCAAGGACAGGAGACAGGACGAGGAGAGAGGUCCGAUGGGGGAGGACAGCGAGGAAAAGAUCGACGUGGAGAUCUUGGAGAGAGACACUCCUCCUGACACGCCUGAUGACCAGAUCAUGGACUUCAGCAGAAAGAUGGAGAAGGAUUCAGAGGGCCGGGGCAUCAUUCCCUCCCCCCAGCCUGAGCAGAGGGAGUCUGGACUGGGCAUGAAGCACCCAUACUUACCUGAUCAUCACCCCUCCCUCGCAGCACCACACAGGAACCUCCCCCUUCACCUCCAUGGCCUCUACAGCCACAGGGAGGGCCUGGUCUCCUCCUACCCCCUUUACCCACAGUCCCGGCCUCUCCACCCCCCCUACCAGUACCUUCCUCCCUACAGUCCUCAUUAUCCUCGCCUCCUCCUGCCCCCCUACUCUCCUCCCUUCACUGGAAUCCUGUCUUCAAGGGAGUCCCUUCGGUACAGCAGCUACUUGGGCACCGACAGACUUCCGUACCCUCCCAUCGGCCCACCUAACCUGCUCCCAGUGUCCCUCCCUUAUGCUUCAUCUCCACAAGGAGGCCUGAAAGAGCUAACGCCAAACGUCUCCCCACCAAGAGGUGCCCCAGCCACCCCCGAGCUGUCUCCUCCUGCCAAGCCUGACAGCCUUCAUCAGACCCCAGAUCAGUCCCCUUCUGGCUGCGAGGAGGCCAUGAACCUCAGCCUGGCCACCAACAAGAGCAGCGCAGCGCCCCGUAACGGCCCCGGACACAGAUCCCUGCCCUACCCCCUGAAGAAGCAGAACGGGAAAAUCAAAUAUGAAUGUAACAUCUGCUCCAAGACCUUCGGACAGCUUUCAAACCUCAAGGUCCACCUCAGAGUGCACAGUGGUGAGAGACCGUUCCAGUGUCACCUGUGCAAGAAAAGCUUCACUCAGCUGGCUCACCUCCAGAAACAUCACCUGGUCCACACCGGAGAGAAGCCCCAUGAAUGCCAGGUGUGUCACAAACGCUUCAGCAGCACCAGCAACCUGAAAACACACCUGAGACUGCACUCCGGAGAAAAACCAUAUCAGUGCAAGCUGUGCAACACCAAGUUCACCCAGUACAUCCACCUGAAGCUGCACCGCCGCCUCCACAGCAGCCGGGACCGGCCCUACCGCUGCUCGCUCUGCACCCAGGCCUUCUUCCACCGCUUCUCCCUCUGCAUCCACCAGCGCAGCUGCUGCCUGGCUGGCUCCAGCGCCACGGUCAACAUGCACAUGAAGGAGAUGCUGGAACGCUUCGAUGCCAGCCAGGAGGCAGACACGCUCACAGAAACAGCAUCGGCCUCUCAGCUGGCAGAGGCUGUCAAGCGCUGGCUGGCCCGUACUCUGGAAGGUGAGGGGAAGGAGGACCAGAAGGAGGCCAAGGUGCUGCUCAGAGCUCUGACAGUGGCCAUCAACGCACCAGUAACACCUGUGGUCCAAACUACAGCAGCUGAGUACCACGCCAGCCCUCCGCGGACCUCUCAGGAGAGAGCCAGCGUCGUGCAUCUCAACAAACGGCCAACAGUGAAGACAGAAGGGCAGUGAGGACAAUGUUCAGGAUGGUCAUGAAGACGAUCCAACAGCACCAAAAAGCGCUGGUGUUGCCAAAAAUAGUUCCUCGUUUUCACGAUGGGAGGAAUGAGUAGGAACGUUUCCUGAUCGGAUCAAAGCAGCACCAAAAGAAAAGCUUUCCAAAGACGGGGCCCGGCUCUGAGUGCCAGAACCGGGCCCGGAGCCACAAGCUGUGAAGUGUUUAAACUUUUCACUCAGGUAGAGACGCGUGUGCGUUGUGCUUUAACUUAUUACGUUAAAUGGAUUCCUUAUUUAUUUUGUCGUCGGGUAGUUGAAGUGCCGGUGUUUCUCCUCUCCGUGUUGAGAUGACGGGAAUCUUGGACGAGGACUCAGGAAGAGGUCGUUAGCAUGAGUCACCAGCUUCCAGCUCAGGUUCCUUUUCCCAGUCCGAUGGAACAACGAGCCUUUGCCAAAACGACAGUCGCGCCACCGCGCAAGCCUGAGCGUCAUUACCCACGCCAACAUCUGAAUCACUAACGUUUGUGGUGACACUGAACACCACCAACACGACACGUCGGGAUGUUAUUUACCCUCAAAGCUUUACUGCAAAUGUCUGUGAACACGAGCUUCAUCCAAAUCUUACAGCACAGAGAAGUGACCAGAAAGCUCUGGAAACGUUUUAUUUCUACGUAACUGUUGAUGUCAUGCAGGUGUGGACUGACAGGUGUUUUACCCGGCAGCAGCAGGACUUCCUCUAAGUGUGCUUAGAUUCUUUUAGAAGCCCAACUUUUGUACAGGUUGUAGUUUAUUUUUAAACAGCAUAUGAGAUGUUUAUGAGUGAGAGACUAUUUUGAUGAUACUUUUAUAUAUUCACACCAUGUAGCUGAUUAAAGAUAUUGUUUCUAUA